AUGCCAGAUCACCGCUUCUCUGUACCCAAGUCUAAUGAAUACCAGUGGCGUAAUUUAUAUCUGAAAGAACACGGGAUCUGCACAUACGCCCCACCAAUGCCACGCAAUCCAGAGACCAUAACUACUCGCCUCACCACCACCACCACCCAUCAACGACAGUUACAUACACAUACAGACACACAAGGAGGAGGUACAGUAACAACAACAACAACUAAUAAUAAUAAUAAUAAUAAUAAUAAUGAGAAUACGGCGGCUGCUGCGGCUGCGGCUUCGGUUACAUCAUCUCAUGGUGUUGUUGGAGCUCAUGAUGUUGUGGAGGAUGAAAAUGCAUUUGACAUGACAGCGCGUAGAAACUCCAUGUUGCGCAGAGCGAGUUUAAAUGGAAAUCGCAUGGCCUCCCGCCGUGUUUCCCUUGAUGUCCGGCGACGCUCCUCUGGCUUUGAAUACCUCGAGACCCUCACAGACCAACAACUCUUCUCGGAGAAUAUGUUCUCCUUCCUCAGUCGCCGCAACAGUACAAUGCUCUCACCCGUAAAGACAGCCGCCCCGCAGGAAUCACACGAGACGCGAACGCCAUUUCCCGCCGCCCGCCGUUCCUCUUCACAGUGGGGGAACAGUACUGUACUGUUGAGCAGCGUGACGGAGAGAACCACCGCCGUUCCUGUUCCCACGGUGGAGACAACAGAUGAAUUGCAGCGACUGCAGCGAGAGACAUGGCAGUUGUUAAUGGAUAAUCGCAUUAUGUUGUGGUUUGAACGGGAGGCGAGAGAACGUGGCCGGAUUGCGGCAAGUGUGCAGAGGCGUUUACUUGAAGUUGUGACCAACACAGCAGAGACACAGAGAUCGGCAAAACCACGGAAAGUGUUUACGGAAAUUAGAUCAAAAUCAUUCCGCGCAGAGACGGUGGAGUUUGCAGGGACAACCACCACAAUAACAAAUAAUGCUAAUGCUAAUGCUACAACUACAACUACAACAACAACAACGACAACAACGACAACAACACAUAAUGUGCCACCAAUAGGAACAGGAACGAAGGAGGAUGAGAAACUUAUGGAGACAUUACAACAAUUCGCACCCUUUUUUGCAGUGAUUGCCCCACCGGAUGCUCUUCAGCGUUUGGCAGGUGUUGGUGUUGUGGCUAGAGAAAGAGGACGACGUGGUGGUCCACCAGAGUUAAUUGGACUUCCACUGUUUAGUCAAUAUGCCACAUGGCGAGAAACGUAUGAAAACCGAAAGGCGUGGAAAUUAGCUCCUUUUAGUUUUUUCCUUAUUCAUGAUUCUAGUUUUAAUCAUGCACAUAUUUCCGCAUUAUAUGUACUUCUAGAUCUCAUAAGAAAUACUGCCCAUACACACUCUCUUGAUUGUGCGGUAAGUGAUCGUCAACGACAAAUGGCAGCGGAUCUUCGACAAAGACGCUCUCGUGUUGCGAGAGAAGAAGUAACAGAAACUGUACAAUGUCCACUAACGGCUAUUCAACAACUCACAGAAGAUUUACUUCUCGCAUAUGAACAGAGUACCUCCCGCACAACACUCUCCAUGGCUGUUUCUGUACUGGAUUUCCUUACCGAUGUGGUGCUGGAUCCGGAUACCGCCUCCUGUUUCUUAAGCCCUGCGGCAUUACAGCGUCAGUGUGGAUAUGAUCUUAGUGAUCCCGACGGUUGUGGUAACACCUCUUCUGCUCAACCAAAGAAGAAUGAAGUUGCUGAAGAACGUAGUAGUAGUAACAACACCAACACUAAUACGACUAGUACACGUACGAAUCCUACUACUUCUGGUACUACUACUAACAAUAAUAAUAACAAUGGUAGUGACAAAGGUAGUGUUGUUGGUGGUGGUAUUGAUGACUCUGAUAGUUUAAAACAAGAACAGCAGGAUGUGAACAAGAUGGGUACACCCAUGACAGCUACUGAAGAUAUAGACCAGUUGGAGUGGAAUACAUUAAGACAAUUAAAUGAUACCACCUUUGAUGAGUUAUUCACACUUGCACAGUGGUUUGUAGAUGGACCAACCGCCAAUAGCUUAAUACCUGUGGAACAGAAACCCUCAUCUCGUCCAUCCUCUCGCUCAAAGAAGAGUAUCGUGUUAUCAAGCAUGUACGCUGGUACCUCUAUUGCGGCGGAAAGUAAAAAGAGUAUGAGUGGUAUCGCCCCAUCUGAAUUAUCAAUGACACCAGUUCGGACAACUACAUAUAUAGUGGGACGCACACAAGAGUAUGAUGCCACCCUUUCACUUGUAGAAGCCAUCACACGAUACGAAUUACAACGUCAACAACUUCUUGAGAUACGAUUACAGGAACAACGACAACGAACCGCUAAUAUACCAGUUUCUAAAAAACAACGAAAGAAACGUAUUGCGGGACAACGGACAUUAAUACCAAGUGAAUCUACCGUCACGGCUGAUCUCCCGUUAGGGGCUACACUUCUUACCACACCACUUGUCUUUAUCACAAGUUAUAUUCGUCUUCAUGGUGCUCCUUGGCUUAAGGAACUACUAGGAAGAAUGUUUAAUAUUCUUCGACGUGAAAGUGUUUUAUUAUAUGUGAAUGGAUUAGAAAUGGAACUUCAACCGCAUUUCUCUCCGAGAGAGUCCGUUUCUCGAAUGAGUGGAAGUUUUGAACGUAGCAGUGAUGGCUUAACUGUCUUUGGACGUGAGUUAUCUCGUUGGCAACAUCUAAGCGAUAAGGAAUCCGCCUAUUUUCAACGUAUGGAAAGGUUAGAAGAUUUAAUUUGUCAAGAUAUACAAUAUGUGAUGGAAGAAUUUUUUAGUGCCUUACAUGGUAAGAGAUCCAUGACACGUCUUCCCCAGGGUAUUUCUGUUAUCUUAACAAGUUUUUGUACUACCAUUCAUCUUCAUUUACUACGACAACAUGUUGUGAUUGAUGGUGUAAAUGAUAAACCUGCUAUUCGUGUAAGAAAAACAAUAAAUGCGAUGAGACAGAAACGAGUUACAGCAGGAGCAGGAACUGGUGGUUUUGGUCAACAUCAUCAUGAUUCAACGGAUAGACUUAUUCGAAGUAUUGAAUGUCAUCGAUUAGCUAAAUUUAUCCUAUUUGAUUGUUGGCUUAUUCCUGCUUUAAAUAAUGCUGUUAGUUUUGGAUAUCUUCCUGCAAGUAGCAGCAAUCAUCUCCGCUGGAAUGUAGAUGCUUUGGCACGUUAUUUAAAAAUUCUCGUAAACUCUGCCUUUGUGCCUCCAGAAAAUCGUGAUCUUUACGUACAUACCACAACCGCACCAGCGGAGUUAUCUACACAAAUGAAUCCAACACCUUAUUCAACGGAUAAAAAAGGACGUGCGCAUGGUGAAAGUGCCAUACCACCUCCACGUUGUAAUACCGUAAAAUUACCACCUCUUAUUAAUGGUAUUUAUGAUGUUGCUACUGGAACACUUAUGCAGCUUUUUCGUGAUCCUGGAGGUGAGGCGGAAUCUGAAAUGCGAGAAAAGUUUGUUUUUGGUGAUUCUCCAAGUCCUAGUGAUACCGUGCGAAGUAAAGGUGUUGAAACGAUUAGUGCCCUCAUGGAGACCAAUAGAACCUGGUGUGAUCUUUCUGGAGCCUUGAGUACUUUAAAUGAAUGGCUUGGUAUAACGGGAGCAGAUGUAGAUGGAGAAGAAACAUAUGAAGAUGAUACAGAUGUAACACCAACUCGAAUAUUAAAUAUUUUCUGUGCUCGUGCUUCUGGAGAUAUAUCUGCAAAAGUUGUGGUUUCUGAAUAUGAAGUGGAACCAUCUGUAGCUGCCUCUUGUAUUAGUAAAUGUUAUGCUCUCAUGUCUGGAGAAGAUCCAUUGGUGCGAAAUGCAUCUCUCUCAGGUGCAUUAGUUGGAUAUUUUAAAUCUUCUCCUUAUUUAACAUGUUUAACAGGUGUUAUGCUACAUCCACGAACGGCAUCAAGAGUAUUGGAUAAUAUAUCUCAGAAUAGUAGUGCCUUUUAUAAUGUACUUAUGAAACCUUUACAAGAUGAAUCUUUACUCGCACUUGUAUCUUCUUUAGUGGCGGCAAGAAAACAUCUACCACUUGUAGAUUCCAAUGAACUGAUUCCUUUAAUAGCCUCUAUACCUAUAAAACCACCUACGCAAAAUAAUAAAAAGAACUCCGUUUUGGGGGAUAAAAUAGAAGAAGAGAGGGAACAGAAACACUCACAGGUGGCCAUGUGGGAAGCCACCACACGGCGAUUACUUCGACAACGUGCUCAAGCCACCACUGGCGCAACAUUAGAUCCGGAAGUUACACUUCAUCCACUCCUUCGUCGUUGUGCCCCCACAAACUCUUAUCAAGUCUUACGAAAAACCGCAAAUCUCAUUGAACGAGAAAUGGAGCGGAUUCCACUCUGUUUUGAUACCUGGUGGCGGGCCAUGGUCGUCGCCCUCACAGUGAAGGCAAUGAAUGUCAUUGAGGAGUGCAGUGAAACUCGAUCCUCACAGUGGCAGCAUUGGUGUCGAAGUAAAAUGCAUGAAGUGCAGCGGGAAUACCGGGGGGUGUGUUCAUACUUUAUACAGCAGAAGGGCGCAAAGGCAGAUAUCCCCAAAGCGAGAGCACUUUCACUGUUGAAGAAUAGAAAAUCACGCACAAGUUCCGUGGCACUUCCAUCCAUCUCUCAAGCCGCAUCGUUUCGGUUGGCGGAGCGGCCAAAAUCACGUCGACGGACUCCGAGUCAAAAACACUCGAGAAAUUCAGACGAAAAGAAAAGCAAAUUACGGAAGAAAGUUUCUUAA